UGCAAGGAGAGAGGUGCAUGCGCAGUACAUUCCUUGCGCUUCCUGUAUAAUUUACACCACUGCAGUGGUCACGCGUUGAGGUGAAUGGAGGAUUAUUUGCAGGAAAACAAGGUCACUGAUUCAGACACCUGCAAUUUAUAUUAUAGAUAACCUAGCAAGAGUAAAGGUGUUUUAAAAACAGAGCAUGGGAAAGGGCUGUAAAGUUGUGGUCUGUGGACUGGCUUCUGUUGGAAAGACUGCUAUUCUGGAACAGCUGCUCUAUGGAAACCAUGCAGUCGGAUGUGAAUCUAAUGAAACACUUGAAGACGUCUAUGUUGCAUCAGUGGAAACAGAUCGAGGAGUGAAGGAGCAGUUGCGUCUUUAUGACACUAGAGGGCUACAAGAUGGGUCUGAACUACCAAAGCAUUAUUUCUCCUUUGCCGAUGGCUUUGUCCUGGUUUACAGCGUGGACAGCCUUGAGUCUUUCAAGAGGGUCGAGAUAUUAAAAAAGGAAAUUGACAAGUCCAGGGACAAAAAAGAGGUUACAGUCAUUGUUUUAGGCAACAAGACAGAUCUGCAGGACCACAGGCAGGUAGACACCGAGACGGCUCAGCUGUGGGCCAAGGGAGAGAAGGUGAAGCUAUGGGAGGUAACUGUGACAGAGAGGAAGUGUCUGAUUGAACCCUUCACUGUUCUCACCAGCCGACUGACCCAGCCCCAGAGCAAAUCUGCCUUUCCCCUGCCAGGGAGGAAGAGCAAGGGGACCCCUUCCUCUGACAUGUGAGCACCCCUGCAAAACAGAGGAGCAGAAUUAGGCAGCUAAAGUAAAUAAUAAAGUGACAGCACUUUGUUUAAAAAAUAUAUAUAUAUAUAAAUAUAAAAUCAGUACAUUAAAACGUGAGCUUUUAAAUGGCAAGCAAUAAAAGGGAAUCAAACUGUGAUUACUGUGUAGAGAUUGUUCGGCUGUAAUUAACAAAGAUACCUGAAAUAAUAUACAGUAUCUCAACUCACAGCAAUUCAGAAUAUACAGGGGAAGGACAAACAAACUGGAAAACACACACUUUUUGUGUAAAUGAGCUGUCGUUCACGACUUGCAAAUCAAAUCCCUGUCAUGUGUAAUAUAGAAAAGCUUCAUCCUGUUACAAGUUAGUUUCAGGGAAGACAACAGAUCUGAUAGACUUUUAUAGAGGCCUAAUAAUUGUUGACAUGUGCCUACAUAUUGAGUUUAAUAAAGAACAGCCUCAAGUGAAAAAAAAAAUAGCACUUUAAUAACUUCUGAAAUCUCAAAUAAAUGUCAAAAUACUGGAUUCAUUUACAAAAAAAAAACAGAUGUCGCUUUCCAGCUCAACUUCCCUGAAGGAAUUGGUAGUGGUAACAAUCACUUAUCCCAAUACACCCCAAUAUAUUCUGCAUCCUAUUGUCGGUGGUAUAACAGGGGUUUCUAAUUAUUCGUUUAGCCCUUGUACAUUUUAUUUUCUUUUUUAAAACUUAUUUCAGAGUGUGUGCCUAUAGGUCAUCUGUUUUAUAAAUCUUUUGAAUUAUUCUUGGUAUCAGAGACCCAAGUAGUAACAUUAAAUAAAAAAUACAUACAAAAUCCCCUCUUUAGUAAGCUGCUUUUGGUUAGAAUGCUUUGUGCUUCUGAUAAAACCCAUAACUGCAGUACAUAGAUUCAGCUUCUUAGAAAUACUGGACAAUCUCUGCAAAAUUUUUUUUAUUAAAAUAUACAGCCAGAACACAACACAGCAUUAAAACCAGCAGCACUAUUCUAUACUCUUUAUUAAAUUAAGAAUAUUUAACAUUCUACUAUAUUUGUUACAUGUUAUGUAUCUUCUUGAAUUAACAAGACUGGAUGCUGAGCAAAUGAUUUAACAGUAGCAACAGUAAUGCACUGCAAUGCUUAUUUUGUGUAGGACAUACAAAAUAUAAUCCUUCUUGAUUUAUGAGGCAUUAAGCCUAAAAAGCACUUUUGGGGUAAAAUGGGAAGAUAAAUGUGAAAAACCGAAGAGAGCCUUGUUUGAGUUUCUAUUUUUGAUACUUCAAUAUAAAACUGAAUGUUUCCUUUUUUGUUAUGUAUAUAUUUCCUGUGUAAUAAAGGCAAGAAGUAUG